AUGAAGCCUGGAUAUAAUGAAGGCAUGUUUGAGGGUUUUGGCAGCUUGAGGGUUACAAUCACUCUGGAUCCUGACACAGCCCAUCCCCGGCUCAUCCUGUCUGAGGACCUGACCAGUGUGGUAGCCAGAGAGAAAAAGCAGCUGCUCCCUGACACUCCAAAGAGGUUUAGUGAAUCUCUCAUUGUCCUGGGAUCUGAGGGCUUCACAUCAGGGAGACAUUACUGGGAGGUGCAGGUGGGCAACAAGACUGGGUGGAUUGUGGGGGUGGCCAGAGAAUCUGUCGACAGGAAACAAGCAAUCACAGACUUACCAGAGGGACGGGUCUGGGGGGUGUGGCUGGUGGGUGAGGUCUACUAUGCUAUGACAUCACCUCGGACCCGCCUGUCUCUGACAGAGAUACCCGGGAUGGUUGGCGUUUACCUGGACUAUGAGGGGGGACGGGUGUCAUUUUACAACGCUGAUAACAUGUCUCAUCUCCACACUUUCACCCACACUUUCACUGAGCAAAUUUAUCCUCUCUUCAGCCCCUGGUAUAAUAAUCAGGGGAAAAACUCUGAGCCUCUGAGGAUCUGCCCCCCUGACUAG